AUGCCGGCCCAUCCUGAGGCCGUGGAGGCGCCGUCCGAGGGGACUCUGGGCGGAGAUCGAGGGCGAAGUGACUCCUCCAGGGCCCCCCAGCUUCUGGGUGCUGGAUUUGAACUCAGACCUUCCGGGUCCGAGGGCGGGGCUGAAUCCAGGUAUGCUGGCAAGUUCCUGAGUUCAGACUCAGGACCUCAGAGGUCAUCCAGGCCGUCCUGGACCCCUUUUACAGAUAAGCAAACUGAGGCCCGGCCCGGCCGCCCCGGCACCCCACGAGCCCCUCACAGGCUCCCAGGAGGCCCCCCGCCCUCUACUGGGCAGCCUCCAUCCUGGACAGUGAAGGGGGGCCACACGGCACCGUCUCCCCCAGGCCCGGAGGGGGGCAGGGAGCGAGGAAGGGAGCCGUGGGGGGAGGAGGCGGGCCGGCCCGAGCACUGGGCAGCGUCCAGAGGGGCCACCGGGAGGGCCCCGAAGCACCAGGAGCGCCGGAGCGGCCCGGCCUGCGGAGCUGCGUGGGGGUUGCCGAGCUCGGGAGGCCCAGGCUGGGGAGGCCCAGGCUGGGGAGGCCCUCCGGAGGGCAGGAAUCGCAGCACUAGAGCAGNGCGUGGGGGUUGCCGAGCUCGGGAGGCCCAGGCUGGGGAGGCCCAGGCUGGGGAGGCCCUCCGGAGGGCAGGAAUCGCAGCACUAGAGCAGGCGGCGGAUGAUCAGAAGCAAGUUCUGAAGGGGGAGAAUCGGGCCGAGAGCCGAGGCUGCUCCGGGCCAGAAGAGCGAAGCAGCGUAGCCCGGGGGAGCUGGCUGGCCCGGGGCAUUCUGGGACGGGCUCCGGGGGCCAGGCGACCCUGGCAGAGCCUCUGCGUGCAUCAGAACCCGACGCCGCCUUCUAGGCCUUCUACCAGCCACGCAGAUGCCUCCGGCGUCGCCCAGCCAGGAUCGGGGGCAGGAUUUGAAGCCGGGUCUCUCCCGACUCGGCCUCUGGCCCUGCCCGCCUCCCCAGCGUGA